AUGUUGGGGUACGUCAUAUCGGGACUGGUAUUCUCGCAUUAUUCAGAUAAAUACGGCCGAAGACCUAUUGUAUGGCUGGGAUUCACAAUAGAGUUGACGGGCAUAUUGUUGUGUGCCGUCUCACCUAAUAUUUAUUUCUACUCAAUCGCCCGAUUUCUAGUAGGAAUGGGAGGUUCUGGCAGGGGAAUGGCUAUGUCAGACAUAGCUAUUCUGGGUGGCAUUGGUUGGGUCAUUGGUUACGCUGGGAUACCAGGGUUGGCGUAUUGGCUGCAAGAUUAUCGAUAUAUGCAGUUUGCGUCAUUAGUACCAUUGACUAUAACCAAUGGACAGGUAGACAGAGCUGAACAGACUCUCAGAAACGCAUUGAAAAUGAAUGGCAAGUCUGAUGAUAAUCUAAAAACACAGUUGUCUGAGUUAUUUGAAUAUCUGCAAAAGGAUUGGUAG